AUGGGGAAAUUAAAAGAACUUGAUAUUAGCAAUACUGACUUAGAUAGUGGUUUAGAAUGCUUACCCGAGAGUGUGGAAAAAUUUUCUUGUUCAGCAAACGAAAGAAAGGAAGCCAAAUGCCAAAACAUCUGCAAACUUUUUACUAAUGAAAAAGGAGAAACACCAAAAAAGAAGCUCCAAACUGGAUUAUCAACUACCAAGAAGACUACCAAAUACUCAGUAAAAGAUUCAAAAAAUAUGGCUUAUGUUCUGAAUGUAAAAAUCCCAACACCGGGGAGCAAUGAUGCCAGUCUUGCAAUGCUUCUCCAGUUUACUGAUGUUGAAUACUUAGCCGAAGGAGGUGUAAAUGAAAGACAACAGUUGAUUAAAGAAGAUUUAUCACAAAGACUGGAAAGCAAUAGCAAGUUGUCUUUUAAACGUAGUGAAAGAAACGAAAAAAUAGAAUUACUUUUUAAAAAUUUUCCCUCUAAUCGAGAAAAGUUUGUUGAAGAGCUAGAGAGUAUUAAGCCAGGAUUAAGCAAAAAAAUAACUACUGAAGAAAUAAAUGAUCUUUACCAGCCUGAAUCAGAAUUAGUCCAAUCAAAAAACUUACUAAAAUAUAACUACAAGGAUUAUCGAGAAGAUCCCGAAAGAAAUUAUUUAAUGGUCAUGCAAUAUAUGUUGGAAGGUAAUAUGAGAAAUUAUUUAGACAAAAAGAAUCGAGAAUUAACCCUUAAAGACAAAAUCAGUCAAUUACUCCAUAUUGCCCAAGGAUUAAAAGACAUUCAUCAAAAGAACUUGGUACAUAGAGAUUUUCACUCUGGAAAUAUCCUAAAAGGUACUGAGAAAACUAGUUUUUAUGAUAGAAAAACAAAUUGUUACACAGAAAAAAUGCCUCAUGACAAGGAACUAGCCCUUGAAAUACUUAAAGAUGCUGAUCCUGCCAAAAGACCAACUGCUAACGAGUUGGAAAAAACUUUACGAAAGUGGCAAGAAGAAAUUAGUUUCGGUAACACAGAAUUUACAAAACAGCUCCAAGAAGUUGAAAAAUUCAACCAGACUUUACCAGAUGAAUUAAGAUUUCCUAAAUAUGAGAUCAAACAAGUUUAUACUAGUCGGCUCUUACCAACUAAGGAAAUUGCUCAAUUAUUAAAAAGUUCUCAGGAAAUUACUGAUGAAUUAAAAAAAGUAGUAAGAGAAUUUAUUCAAGCUAAAGAAAAAUCUCUGAAAGACGAAGAAGAUACAAAAGCAAGAAACGAUGCUCGAGAGCUAGAGAAAAAAUUAGAGGAGGAAUUGAAAAAAAAUAAUUUUGAGACGGAAAAUAUGGACGAAGUUAUUCGUUACUGUGAAGAAGUAAUUAGCUCAGGUCAACUAGAAGAAGAAUUUCAAGCCAAAAUAGAAUAUCCAAAAGCGGAAAAAAAAAUAAAACUUACGGGAGAAGACUUUAAGGAGAGACAAAUAGUUAUUGAAGAUUAUCCAGAAUUGGAGAAGUUGUAUUUAAGGGAUAUUAAAAGCAUAGACAAAGUAACUCUCAAAAACUUGCCUCAGUUACAAGAAUAUUUGGUAAUUGAAAAUUGUCCUCAAAUUAAGAAAUUAAAUGUUCGAAAAAAUCUUUUAACUAGUUUGGAAUUCUUGGUGAGUUUAGAGAAUUUAAAAAAUCUAGAAAUAGAUGAAAUUCAAGAAUUGAUAGGAAAAGUCAAACUAAAUCCCCAAAAAUUAGCAAUAGAUAUUCGAAAGCUGCGCGAACAAAAUAAGAGUCUGGAGGAUUCCUCUCAACUGAUUGCAAGCGGAGGAGUUUUUCAACAAAAAUACAAUGAAUUGAAAAGCUUUCUUGAAAAGGUUUUGGCUUCGCUUUCUCAGGAAGCCAAGCAAGAAUUCGUAGAUAAACUGGAAAAAGAAAAAAAAGAAAAGGGUAGCCUUUCUGCUCCAGGAAGAACAAAAGAACUAAUGUUAUUUGUAGAUGAACUAAUUAAAAGUGCAAAAGAGAAAAAAGAAGAAUUAGAAAUUGAGCUAGCUAAAUCAAAAACCGAAGUCCAAGAACUAGAAAAAAAAUUCCAAGAAAAAGAAGCAAAAAUUAAUUAUUUAGAAUCUCAGGUGCAGGAAUUAACUGAUCUAGGCAAGCAGGAAAAAAAGAAGAUUAAUGUCUACCUUAUUCAUUUUGGUUUAGACAAAAAGUUAGCAGAAAGAUUAAUUAAAGCUUGCUUUGAAUUUACUGAGUUCAAAAAGCAAGGAAUUGAUGCUUCUGAUUAUUAUGAGAAGUGCAAGGAAUAUAAAAAAAGCUGCGAAAGAAUUGAAGAAGAUUUACAAUCCAAAUUACCGCAAGAAACUAAAGGCAAAAUUAUGAAUGAAGUACAACGCAUGCUUAAUGGUUGUGAGAGGUUAGUAAAUUUAGAAAUGGAGACAGAAGCCAAACUUAGUGAUAAAAACAAGCUAAUUGAAGAACAAAAACAAACCUUAGGGCAAGUUACCAGGGGUAAAGAAAAAAAAGAAAUUCUAGUAAAAGCUCACGAGGAAGCUCACCAAAACCAAGUACAGCAGUUUGAAAGGGAGAGAAAUAAUUCUGUAGUAGCAGAAAUAGCUAAACUUCAAGAAAAAAAUGAAAUUUUACAAGAGCAAUGUGAUAAAAUGAUAAAUCAGAUAGUGCCUGAAUCAACAACCCAAUUCUCAGCAGGUAAUUUUACUGGUGGGGUUAGAAAUAGCAGUGAUGUUACAGGAACGCAAAUUGUUGAUAUUUUUCAACUUGAGAAACAACCAGGUUUAGCAGAAUUAAUAAAAAGCUUCGUCAAAGCCAACAAGAAAUUUACAAGAAAUAAAGAAGACAGCGGAGCCAGGAAAAAUGCUGAAAAACUUUAUGAAGAAUUAAAGAAUAGAAAUCUUUCUAGGAUUGUUGAACAAAUAAUUGAAGACUGCGAAAAAUUAGUUAGCUUAGAAUUACUGCUCGAAAAAAAGAAAGGUGAGACUCAGCUUCUAAAAGAAGAAGACACAGAGAAAGGAAAUACUAUGCCACAAAGUUUUGAGAGUCAUUUAAUAGAAAAAGAAGGGAUAAAGGGAAUUUCUAGAAACAUAUUUUUUGAAAUAGAUAUCAGUUACAAAGACAUAGAAGAAAACAAUUUAGUAAUUGAUGGAAAUGAAUUUUCUAAAUUGGAGCGAGUGAUUUCUCGUAGCGGAAAAAUCAGAUUGGAAAAAGAGAUAGAAAUUUCCAAUUGUCCAGAAUUAAAUUAUAUCAGUGUUAAAAAUAAUUUGCUUAUUGACUUGAGUUUUCUCAAGGGAUUAGAAAAAAAACUCACUUAUUUAGAUAUUAGCGACAAUGACGUGAGAAGAUCUUUAGAAAAACUUAAAAAAUUAAGUAAAUUGGGAAAAGUAGAUAUUUCUAAUACUAAUAUUGGCUCAGGUUUGGAGUGUUUGCCAAUAAGCGUAGGAGAAAUCGAGUCUCAAGAGGAAGAUGCUGAACAAGCAAAUGAAAGACCAGAUUUUGAUGAGCUGUCAGAAGAAAUACGACAAGAUGAAGUGCAGGAACAAUUUAUCGUGCAGAAAAUGGGCUCUCCCGAUAGCGACCAAUCUCGUUCAAAUAUGGCAUUUAAUUUUAAUGUUUCUGUAGGUAACAAUAGUAGUAGUAGUACAGACAUUUCCGUAGGAGAUAAUAGCACAGGAACUAUUAAUAAGUUGCCUAGGAAGAAGUAUUGCCUUAACUGCCGAACAGAAGUAACAAGUUUUCCUAAUAAUUGCCAAUGUAUGGGUUCUGAGUAUUGUAGUUGCUGUGAAGGAGAUGAUCUUAUGGAAAACUGCUGUUGUAAAAAGCUUGCUCAAAAAGCAAAAGCUGGCAGUAGUCAAACGGAAAAUAAACAAAAAGAAUUACCUAAAGAGAAAACUGAAAAUGAGCAAGUAGAAGUUAAAUUUUCUUAUUCUCAAGCAAAUAAUAAAGAAAUUGUCAACAAAAUUAAUGAACUUCUAGCAGCUAAAAGAGAUUUUCUCGCUGUUCGUCAGGAAACUAUUAAAGAAUUAAAAGAGUGCUUCAAUAAAUUAGAAAGUAGGUUUAGUAGGCACGAGAUGAUUGGCGAGAUAGGUAAUGCAACAAGUAAUAUAGGAGGAUCUAUUACUGACAUAGUGACUUUUGGCAUUCCUAAAGCCAUCGGAGAGGCAAUUAAAGCAGGCAAUAACUUCUCCAAAAUAGAAAUUUCUGCUAGGGGUAAUAAAGAAUUUCAAAUUUCCUUGGCAGAUAGAGAAAGUGAAUUAUCUCAUCUUAAUAGUGUCUACAAUUCUUUAAUUAACGAUGGAUUGGAAGAAGUUAAGUUAUUUAAUACUGAAUAUAAAAUUUUUGACAUUCUUAUUAAAGAUAGUAUUUGA